CAGUCGCACCAAACAAACAUGGCCGCCACGCAGCAGAAAGACAUGAGUUCGUCAAAUGAAAAAGACCCCGACGCGGUGGAAAUAGACGGCCUUUCCUCCAUUAAUCACGACGAGCAACCCGAAAAGAAAGAAAUACCCACCGACGACCAAGAAACAGCGGCCCCCUUCAAAAAACCAGCGUCAUUCGCCGUGCCUUCUCUUGCUCGCAAACGCAGUCUAAACGCUGCUGCUCCAUCCAAACCAGAAGCGGAGACAACAACCAAGGCAGAACUCGGCGACGCUCCAGUUGUUAACCCUAAUUGUGGGUUAUCAGCGGAUGAUAACAAAACGCCACAAGAGAAUACAAACACUGAUAAACAUAGAGACCUUUCUCCGGUGAAGGGGAAAGCAGAAGCCAAAGAGAAAACAUGCAAGGUACCGCCUGCUGGCAACAUCCCCCCCGCCCCGUACGCAGAGCCGCAGUGGGCUGGCCCGCCACCACACGACGCCUAUGCUCUUGAAAUUCUAAAAAACGGCACCAUAGUAGACCGGGUGCCCCUCACGCUGAAAAGUUACUUUGUGGUUGGACGUUUACCGGUGUGCGACGUCUCUCUGGAGCAUCCUUCUAUCUCCAGGUACCAUGCUGUCAUUCAAUACCGCCAGCAGCCCGGGACGGGAUGUGUGGGUGAGGAACCCGGCUUCUACGUCCACGACCUCAGCAGCACGCACGGUACUGUUGUCAACAAGAAUAAGAUCCCUCCUAAGACGUACAUCAGACUCCGUGUUGGACAUGUCCUCAAGUUUGGAGGCAGCACUAGACUUUUCAUCCUCCAGGGUCCAGAAUUUGACGAGGAAGAAGAGUCUGAACUAACAGUGACAGAGCUGAGGGAGCAAUCUAAGAAACAGAGAGCUGAGCUUGAAAAGAGAAUGAUGGGAGAGGGAUCUGAGGAAGAGGAGCGGGAGGAGAAAGUUGAAGGCGAAAGUGACAAGAGGAAACUGUCGAGUGAAGAAUCUGGAUGUUCAUGGGGAAUGGCUGAGGAGCCUGUUCCAGAGGAAGAUGAGAACGAGGAAAACCCUUUCUCAACCGAGUUCCAUGAAGACCAGGAAGCUGCAUACUUAAAGGACCCUAAGAAGGCUUUGCAGGGAUUUUAUGACAGGGAAGGGGAAGAGCUGGAGAUUGAGUAUGAAGACCAAAAUCAUGGCACCUGGCUCUGCAGAAUAAAGCUGCCAGUGGACGACGCUCUGGGCCGACAGCUUGUUGCCGAGGUGACCCACACGGGCAAGAAGAAAGAAGCAGCCGUCCAGUGUUGUCUUGAAUCCUGCAGGAUGCUUGAGGCUAGAGGAUUGCUGCGCCAGGAAGCAGUUUCCCGCAAGCGCAAGAAAAAGAACUGGGAAGAUGAAGAUUACUACGACAGCGACGAUGACACCUUCCUGGAUCGGACUGGCACCGUUGAGAAGAAGAGGCAAGAGAGAAUGAAGAAAGCAGGAAAGAUUCAACAGCGAACCGAGACUUAUGAAUCACUGAUUGCCAAGCUGUCAGAGGUGGAGAAGGAGGUGGCAGAGACACAGAAAAAGCUUGGCACGGGUGGGAAAGAUGCCUACAGCUCUUCCAACGAUGACCCAUUGGAUGCGUUCAUGACUGCUGUGCGCAGCGAGGCAGCCAUGGAUGCCGUGGAGCGCAGGAAGCUUCACAUGCACGUUGCACACCUGCGCAAAGACGCCCAGCGGCUCCGCAAGCUGGUGGAACUCACACGGCCCACACAGCUGCCCUCACUGCUCCCCAGUUCAAGCAGCUCAGAAUCUGAGAAAACAAAGAAGGCCUUGCCCCUUUUUGGUGCCAUGAAAGGAGGAAGAAAGUUUAAGCUGAAGACUGGCACACUUGGGAAGUUGCCUCCUAAGCAGCCCAGUUUGCCUCCCGAACUCUUCACCAUGAAGGAACUUCCCCCUGCAGGAGAGGAGGAGGAAGAGGAGGAGGAGGAAAAAGAUACAGUGUCCGAAAAAACUGUUGACCUUGAAGAGUCGACCAACGUCCUAUCCCAAGAUACUUCAGGACAGGAUGCAGACGGAUUAGUGCCACCGAAAGAGCCCAGUCCCAAAAAGAGGACAGCUAAGCCAUGUGCGGACGCUGACCCGCCCCCGUCUCAGGACACAAAACCCAGUUCUAACCCACCAGCUGCUGAAUCCAGAGCCAAGGGUGAUGAGGAGCCUAGUCUGAGAAAGAGAAAGAAAGUGAUGCCCCCAGUGCAGCUCUCAGGCCAGUAUCCUCAAGACGACCCUGAUUAUUGUGUCUGGAUGCCGCCCACAGGUCAAACUGGAGAUGGCCGCACCCACCUUAAUGACAAGUAUGGCUACUAAGGGAAUAGACGUCCAUCCUCCACACUCCCGCUGUAUUACUCAGCAAGGCACUUGGAUUGUACUUUGGUGAUAUCGUCUGAGUAAGCACAACUGAUAUCAAGACACACCCACUGAUCCCUUUCAGCCCAGCACACAACAAUCCCACUCUGUCUUUUUCCAAGCAGAAAAUACACAAAAUGGUGGCGCGAGAUCUAACUGAUGUGAAUUCAGCUUUUUUUCCCCCCCGACGUUUUUAGUCUCUGGCGGCUCUUCUUACAUUUCAAACCACCUGACAUCCAAUCUGUAUCCCUCCCCUCUUUGGCUCCACUUGAUCACAGGCAUUACUCCCCUCCCUCCAAAAGGAGAGUGUAUAGCAGGGAAGCAGCUUUUCUGACCAUCUGGACACUUGGAUGGCUUACUGAAUGAAACACAAGCUGAUAAUGACUCAAGCUACAGUAAGCAGAGUUGUGUGUCAGCACACACACCUUUUCCGAGUUCUCUUUUUAACAGGAUUGUCGUUGUUAGACAUUCCAGCUGUCACUGCUGCUCCUUUCAUUUCAUUGUUUUUGUCAUUUCUGCUCAACUUGUAAUUAUUGUACAAAAAGUGUAAACAACAAAAAAAAUGUACACACAACCUGUGACCGUGUUGGCUCCACACCUUGCAGUCCCCGUUCUCAUACACGCCACAACAGUGACUGCUAAUCAAGUGCGGCCGACACUAGGUCACUAAGUGCAGCGGUCACAGGGCCAAUCGUGGGCUUAAGCCACCUCGUUAGGGGUUAUUAGGGGCACUUACAUAAGGUCAGUUAGGUCUCAACAUAAUUCUGUUUAUGUAAGACAAACUGUCCUCAGAUUGGAGAGCACAAAAGGGACCCUUGGUGGUUCAAAAGAGUGUUUAUGAAUACAGGUGCUCCAAGUGGAAUUACAGUAAAGUCAGACUCACAGUGCUGGGUAGUAAAUCGCACAAUAGAGCGAUUGAUGUUCAAUAUUGGUGGGCAUUUCUCCUCUCUCUAGGCUUUUUAUGAGGUGCAUUUUCACUUCAUGGUGAUGGCAUUCCUUUUCUUUGGCACACUUCCUCUAAAAAGGACCUGUCUUACACCUGGGAGACAUGAUGAAGAGCAAGAAGUUCAGAGGGCUCCCGAUUCAACUUUUUCACUCUCAGUACGAUAGAGAUAUUGACCCGAUACAAUAUCAACAUUAUCCAUUUUCUACCUCUAGUCCCUCUCGGGGUCGCGUGAUGGCUGGAGCCUACACAGGGCCAACGCAGACAGACAACAUUCACACACUAGGGCAUGCGUCGGCAACCUAAAACGUUGAAUGAGCCAUAUUGGACCAAAAAUACAAAAUCAAACAUGUCUGGAGCCGCAAAAAAUUUAAAGCCACAUUACAUACAGAUAGUGUGUCAUGACAUAUAAAUUGAAUUAGGAGGACUUAAAGGAAACCAAAUGAGCUCAAAUAUACCUACAAAUGAGGCAUAAUGGUGCAAUAUAGCUAGCCUAAAUAGUUUGUUAGCAUCGAUUAGCUUGCAGUCAUGAAUGCACCUUUGUGCAUUCAGGCACAAUGUUAAACGUUGGGUGGACAAAAUGAGACAGAAAAAGAAGUGGCAUUAAGGACUAUUACAAACUCAGAGAAAUCUAUAUAUGUAAACAAACUACGGUGAGUUCAAGGACUGCCAAAAUUAGUAGGACAAAACGGCCCUCGCCAAAUACUCGAAUCAGUGAAGCAUGUUUAAUAAAAACAGUGUGCUUUAUAGCAAUUAGGGAGGUUUGUGUCAUGUUUGUCCUCCUACAGAAACCAUAUCAAAACAAAAAAUAUAUUUUUUAAACCCCCCCCCCCCCCCCAUCUUUUUCAAACAUUUUGGAAAAAUCUCCAGAGAGCCACUAGGGCAGCGCUAAAGAACCGUGGGUUGCCGACCCCUGGACUAGGGCCAAUGUAGUGUUGCCAAUCAACCCAUCCUCAGGUGCGUGUCUUUGGAGGUAGUACCAAAAGGGAACCCACCCAGUCACUGGGAGGACAUGCAAACUCCAAGCACUAACCACCAUGCUGCCGAUGUCAGCACUAAUAAUUUUUUUUAUUUUGUAGUAUUUAAUGUUAGAGAAUUCUUGAUCAACCAAACUUGCUCACACAAAACAACAGUAUGUAUAAAAACACUAACCUGUUUUAAACUGCAAUAUUGAACUAUAGCUUGUGUGCUAUUGUGUGCUUGGCUGUUGUGUAGCUGACAGCGCCUAAUAGCCCAACAUGUAUGGGUGUCGUAAUAAAACUUUUUUACUUCUGAUACGAUACCGAUAUUGAAGCCUUAAAUGUUGGCCGAUACCGAUAGUAAUCUGAUAUAUUUGCAGGAAUCAUAGAUGGAUAAUCCCUUUUUGGGAAAUUCAAGUAUUAUAUACUUUAAAAAUGUUGUAGUGUGGAAUUAAAAAAAAAGAUUUAAUCAGGUGAAAUUAGUCAAAGAGAACAAGAACACUAACCUUAUUGUCUCAUGGUAAAAAUGUAUUAUUUUAUAGUGGUAGAAUGUUGUGAAAGGCCUGCGCAAGUACAAUUAUUUAGAGAAAAAUUGGUAGGUAAAAAACAAACCUUAUGACAGAUUUAUUUAUGCAUCUGAAUUGGAGUGUUAAUUUGUGUUUUGUCGACAUCUAGUGGCAACAAUAAGUCAUUACAUAAACUUAUGACAGUAAAUUAAAUGACGCAGACUCGUUUGUUCAUUCUAAUAUGCUUGUGACUUUGUUUUGAAGUAAUAUGCACUUAAAAUGGUUUGAUACUUGUGAAUACCUCAUUUAAAUGCUCCAACUUAAGUGAUUUGAGAUGAGCACCGUCUCUUGGCUAAUUGUUAUGCUCUAAGUUGCAAGCAAAAAUUAAAGUUACGCGAAUCCCCACCAUUAGUUGGCGUAGCAAAUGUCAAAGUGAAGCCUGUACGAUCCGAAUAAAAUAUCUGGUCUUACUUGCAAGCAUUGGCUUGUAGGUAAAGAUGAACAGAAUGUUGUAUUUCCAACUAUGGGAAGGAAAAAAGUGAGCGUGAAGGAUAUUGCUGAGAAGAAGAAUUGACUGAAAAUGUGUCGCUCACUUGGCGAAACAAUGGUAGCAUAUCACUGCUAGUCUGCACCAUACCGAAACAGAAUGAGUCAAGAAUGUGAGAGUUGUAUCUAAACAGCAUUUAUCCAUGAAAAUAUGGAAAAGCAGCUGAUGGUGUGGAAGGAAAUACCUUAAAAAAAUCCUCACCUCCAUUGUAAAUACUAUACAUUAUAUUAUUUAAUCAAACUACUGUACGUGUUAGUAUACAGUCUAGCGUUUUUAUGCAAUACUUUUAUCAUUUUCUUUUUUCUUGUUAAAAGACAUGUUAAAAUUGUGCUGUUUUGGGGACCGGAUAACCAUUCCAAUGAGUGAGGUUGAUAUGAGAUAAAGGUGAUUUGAGAUAAGAGUUCUGUCACAGAACCAAUUGAGCUUGUAAGUUGGGGUACAACUGUACUGAAAAUGGGAUUUUAGAAAUGUUGUAAAUGUUUACAUUGUGCAGGACUUUUAUUAGUGUCUAGCUUGUGUGGUAUCGUGUGCUUAGCUGUUGUGUGGCUGUUAGCUCCUUAUAGCCGAUAGCCCGCCAUGUUUAACUCUUGUAUCUUAACUAAAAUACAAGACCAACCUUGUGUGCUUAUUGGAAGACAUUUCGUCAUGUUUUUGCAUGGUUGCGGACGGAGUGACCCCAAGAUGCAGGGGCGACAGGCGACGUGCAGGUAACAAGUUCUUUAAAAAUGAAGGAUGGUGCAGGAUUGUUUUGCAAACAAAUAGCUAGUGCACACAGCAUGAAGCCACAAUAGACAAUGAGCCAGCAAGUGAAGGAGGAAACAAGGUGGAACUAAUUAAAGGGGAACAUUAUCACAAUUUCAAAAGGGUUAAAACCAAUAAAAAUCAGUUCCCAGUGGCUUAUUUUAUUUUUCGAAGUAUUUUUCAAAAUUUUACCCAUCAUCGAAUAUCCCGAAAAAAGGCUUUAAAGUGCCUGAUUUUCGCUCUCUGUAAAUCCACUCGUCCAUUUUCCUGUGACGUCACAUAGUGACGCCAAUACAAACAAACAUGGCGGAUAGAACAGCACGAUAUAGCGACAUUAGCUCUGAUUCAGACUCGGAUUUCAGCGGCUUAAGCGAUUCAACAGAUUACGCAUGUAUUGAAACGGAUGGUUGGAGUGUGGAGGCAGAUAGCGAAAACGGAAUUGAAGAAGAAACUGAAGCUAUUGAGCGAAUAGCUAUUGAAGUUAUUAGGCAAUUGCUUUCUAACCAACAAUUGCAUCUUUUGACCACUGGACCAACUUAAAUCCAUCGAUUGGUAAGUGUUUGUUUGGCAUUAAAUGUGGGUGGAGGGAAAGGCUGGAUGCAAAUUUAGCUACAAAUGUACAUACAGCUAGCCUAAACAGCAUGUCAGCAUCGAGUAGCUGGCAGUCAUGACGCGACCAAAUAUGUCUGAUUAGCACAUAAGUCAACAACAUCAACAAAACUCACCUUUGUGAUUUCAUUGACUUUAUUGUUGGAAAUGCAUCUGCUUUGAGUGUCGCAGGAUAUCCACACAUCUCUGUCGUAGCAUCGUUAUCGUCUGUAAAAUGUGCAGACCAAACGAGGGACUUUCGCAUCUUUUGACAUUCGUACAACUUGAAUCCGUCAAUUGGUAUGUGUUUGUUUGGCAUUUAAUGUGGGUGGAGGGAAAGGCUGGAUGCAAAUAUAGCUACAAAUGAGGCAUAACAAUGCAAUGUGUAAAUACAGCUAGCCUAAAUAGCAUGUUAGCAUCGAUUAGCACGCACACUCCACGUAAGUAAACAUGAAUCCGUCCCUGAUCGUGUUGUUACACCCUCCGACAACACACCGACGAGGCAUGAUGUCUCCAAAGUACGGAAAAUAGUUGAAAAAACGGAAAAUAACAGAGCUGAUUUGACUUGGUGUGUGAAAUGUGUUUGAGAAAAUAGCGGAUUGCUUCCCAUUGUAACGUCACGGGUGAAAGGUCAUCGCUCCGACAGCGAUCAAUUGAAAGGCGUUUUAAUCGCCAAAUUCACCCUUUUAGAGUUCGGAUAUCGGUUAGAAAAAAAUAUGGUCUUUUUUCUGCAACAUCAAGGUAUAUAUUGACGCUUACAUAGGUCUGGUGAUAAUGUUCCCCUUUAACAACAAAGAACAGGUGUGUUGGCAGGACAAGGAACAGAAAGUAAAAGGGGCUGUAUUGUAUACCAUAGAAACCAAACAGAAAAUCAGGGAAACAGAAGAAAACAAUCAGCAUAACCAAAAAUCUGUCACGCGUACCAGUAUUGUACCAGCUGAUAUAAUUCAAUACUUGUUUUUUUGCUGAUAUGGGACCAAUAUCUGAUACAAAGUUGAAUCGGGACACCCUUACUAAUAAGUGAUGUUAUCCUUCCUCAGUAUCUGUAAACAAGAAGUGUAUUUUUCCACUGUAAUUACUCAUAUUUACAGACCAAAUUGAGGUUUUUAAUGAAUUUAUGGGAGCAUGUCCAAAACCAGGCAGCACGGUGUCACAUGGGUUAGUGCGUGUGCCUCACAAUACGAAGGUCCUAAGUAGUCCUGGGUUCAAUCUCGGGCUCUGGAUCUUUCUGUUUGGAGUUUGCAUGUUCUCCCCGUGACUGCGUGGGUUCCCUCCGGGAAGACAUGCACCUGGGGAUAAGUUGAUUGACGACACUAAAUUGGCCCUCGUGUUUGAAGGUCGUCUGUCUGUGUUGGCUCUGUGAUGAGAUGGUGAUUUGUCCAGCCUGAAUGCCGCGGGGAUAAGCUCCAGCAUCCCCACCCCGUCACCCCGAAAGGGUCAAGCGGUAGGAAAAUGGAUGGACAGAUGUCCAAAACCUCAAAAUGACAAUAAAAAAUGAAAGUCCUUGCCAACAGCCCUUCACACUGUCACCCUAUUAUUGUGUUUUGGUCACAUUUUCCCAAAAGUAAUGAAAUUAUCUUGCGGACUACAAAACUGGUGUAUGAUGUACAAACCCUGUUUCCAUAUGAGUUGGGAAAUUGUGUUAGAUGUAAAUAUAAACGGAAUACAAUGAUUUGCAAAUCAUUUUCAACCCAUAUUCAAUUGAAUGCACUACAAAGACCAGAUAUUUAAUGUUCAAACUCAUAAAUUUUUUUUUUUUUUUUUGCUAAAAUUAAUUAACUUAGAAUUUCAUGGCUGCAACACGUGCCAAAGUAGUUGGGAAAGGGCAUGUUCACCACUGUGUUACAUCACCUUUUCUUUUAACAACACUCAACAAACUUUUGGUAACUGAGGAAACUAAUUUUUGAAGUUUUGAAAGUGGAAUUCUUUCUCAUUCUUGUUUUAUGUAGAGCUUUAGUCGUUCAACAUCAGCUGUUGGAUUUUACGCUUCAUAAUGCGCCACAAAUUUUCGAUGGGAGACAUGUCUGGACUGCAGGCGGGCCGGGAAAGUACCCGCACUCUUUUACUAAAAAACCACGCUGUGGUAACACGCGGCUUAGCAUUAUCUUGCUGAAAUAAGCAGGGGCGUCCAUGAUAACGUUGCUUGGAUGACAACAUAUGUUGCUCCAAAACCUGUAUGGACCUUUCAGCAUUAAUGGUGCCUUCACAGAUGUGUAAUUUACCCAUGCCUUGGGCACUAAUACACCCCCAUACCAUCACAGAUGCUGGCUUUUGAACUUUGCGUCGACAACAGUCUGGAUGGUUAUUUUCCUCUUUGUUCCGGAGGACACCAUGUCCACAGUUUCCAAAUAUAAUUUGAAAUGGGGACUCGUCAGACACAGAAUACUUUGUAUCAGUCCAACUUAGAUGAGCUCGGGCCCAGAGAAGCCAGCGGCGUUCCUUGGUGUUGUUGAUAAAUGGGUUUUGCUUUGCAUAGCAGAGUUUUAACUUGCACUUACAGAUGUAGCGACCAAUUGUAGUUACUGACAGCGGUUUUAUGAAGUGUUCCUGAGCCCAUGUGGUGAUAUCCUUUACACACUGAUGUCGGUUUUUGAUGCAGUACCGACUGAGGGAUCAACGGUCCUUAAUAUCAUUGCUUACGUGCAGUGAUUUUUCCAGAUUCUCUGAACCUUUUGAUGAUUUUACAGACCGUAGAUGGUAAAAUCCCUAAAUUCUUUGCAAUGGCUCGUUGAGAAACGUUGUUCUAAAACUGUUCGACAAUUUGCUUACAAAGUGGUGACCCUCGCCCCAUCCUUGUUUGUGAAUUACUUAGCAUUUCAUGGAAGCUGCUUUUAUACCCAAUCAUGGCACCCACCUGUUCCCAAUUAGCCUGCAGACCUGUGGGAUGUUCCAAAUAAGUGUUUGAUGAGUAUUUCUCAACUUUAUCAGUAUUUAUUGCCACUUUUCCCAACUUCUUUGUCAUGUGUUGCUGGCAUCAAAUUCUAAAGUUAAUUAUUAUUUGCCACAAAAAAAAGGUUUAUCAGUUUGAACAUCAAAAAUGUUGUCUUUGUAGCAUAUUCAACUGAAUAUGGGUUGAAAAUGAUUUGCAAAUCAUUGUAUUCCGUUUAUAUUUACAUCUAACACAAUUUCCCAACUCAUAUGGAAACGGGGUUAGUAUAAAACAUGUACUAAUAUGCUCUCAGAAGGUGUGCACAGGAUUCAAACCAAUAGAUAUGACCUAACACUUCAUAGAUUUCAGAACGUGUUUAAAAAGACAUGAAAAAAAUAAAUGUCUCUC